ACAAAAACCACAAAAUAGGAAUUCCAUUUUUAGCAUUGAAUAUUAAAAAAAACUUAUCUACUUAUAACUUUUGAUGUCAUUGAAGACUUUCAGUAUAAAUUACGAUUUCUGAGAAGUUCACAUAGGACUGUGUAAAUACUUUGGACAAAAUGGGAGAAAAGGAAAAUGUCUACAUAUCGUUACCAUUGCAUAAACGAGAUGCCGAGACGAAACAAAGCAUUGCCAGAAGAAAUAGAAAGUCCAUUGGAUUAAUUAUGACGGCACUUUUACUAGUGUUGUCAAUUACUUACUUAGCUAAUGGGGUUUUAUUCGUAUCACCUACAUCGAUAUCCAGCUAUAGUCAGACAAAACCCAAUACUGAUCCUGAAUUCACUACACCAUCGAUUGCGACCCCAUCUUUAACUUCAUUAAUGAGUAAUUCACAUGACGCAGGAUCGGAAGAAAUUCCUAAUAUCAGUAUAGAUAAAGAUACAACUAAGAGAGAUGAUACUACUUCUGAUCAAUCAUCUGAUAAAAAGAAAUCAACACCAAUCUAUGAUAUGGUCGGAGUAAGAGUAGCAUUUGUACUUGUAGGAUUUGUACUUUUAAAUAUGCUUGCAAUAGUCAUUCAUCAUAUAUUCUUGAAAGCUUCUCGAGCAACGUCAUCAUACAAGAAUAUAGAGUUACAUUAUUCUCCAUUCUGAUUUCAUUUUAUAUACUAGUAUUAGGAUAAGUAUUAUUUUGAGUACAUUUAGGCAUUUAAUACGUUCGUUUAUAACAAAACAAAUAUAUAUCUCGGUUAUAUAUA